GGCCGGGGGGGCGCGGGCGCCGCGCGGCGCCCGAGGCGAAAAAGUAGCUGUCAAAUGCGCGGCGCCUUUAACCGGCGCGAUCAGUGCGGCUCGGCGAGUCAUGGCGACCGCAGCCUCCAACCACUACAGCCUGCUCGCCUCCGGCUCCCCCAUGGUGCACGCCGAGCCGCCCGGCGGCAUGCAGCCCGGCGGCGGCUACCGCGACGCCGGCGCCCUGGUGCAGGCGGACUACGCGCUGCAGAGCAACGGGCACCCGCUGAGCCACGCUCACCAGUGGAUCGCGGCGCUGUCCCACGGCGGCCCCGGCGGCGGCGGCGGCGGCGGCGGGGGCGGCGGAGGCGGCGGCGGCGGCGGCGAGGCGCCCUGGUCGGCGGGAGCGCUGGGCCAGCCCGACAUCAAGCCGGCGGUGGUGCAGGCGGGCGGGCGCGGCGAUGAGCUGCCGCCGCCGCCGCCGCAGCACCCGCCGCCGGGGCGGGCGCCGCACCUGGUGCACCACGGCGGCGGCGGCGGGCACCACGCGGCGGCAGCGGCGGCGGCGGCGGCGGCGGCGUGGCGGGCGGGCGGCGCGGCGCACCUGCCGCCCGGCAUGGCCGCGGCCAACGGCGCGCAGGCGGGGCUGCUCUACUCCCAGCCGCCCGGCUUCACCGUCAACGGCAUGCUGGGCGCCGCGCAGCCGGCGCUGCACCAUCACGGCCUGCGCGACGCCCACGAGGAGCCGCCGCCGGGGCCCCCCGGCCCGCCGCACCACGGCGCCGAGCACCCGCCGCCGCCCCACGGCCCCCACCCCGGGGCGGCCGGACCGGCGCCCGCCGCCGCCGCCGCGCCCCCCGGGCCGCCGCCGCACCACGACCCGCACUCGGACGAGGACACGCCGACCUCGGACGACCUGGAGCAGUUCGCCAAGCAGUUCAAGCAGCGGCGCAUCAAACUGGGAUUUACCCAAGCGGACGUGGGGCUGGCGCUGGGCACCCUCUACGGCAACGUCUUCUCGCAGACCACCAUCUGCCGCUUCGAGGCCCUGCAGCUCAGCUUCAAGAACAUGUGCAAGCUGAAGCCUUUGUUGAACAAGUGGUUGGAGGAGGCGGACUCCUCCUCGGGCAGCCCCACCAGCAUAGACAAGAUCGCGGCGCAGGGCCGCAAGCGGAAAAAGCGCACCUCCAUCGAGGUGAGCGUCAAGGGCGCGCUGGAGAGCCACUUCCUCAAGUGCCCCAAGCCCUCCGCCCAGGAGAUCACCUCGCUCGCGGACAGCCUACAGCUGGAGAAGGAGGUGGUGAGAGUGUGGUUUUGUAACAGGAGACAGAAAGAGAAGCGCAUGACUCCCCCGGGAGGGACGCUGCCGGGCGCCGAGGACGUGUACGGGGCCAGCAGGGACACGCCGCCGCACCACGGGGUGCAGACCCCCGUGCAGUGAACUCGCGGCGGGGGCGCCCGGCCCCUCCUCCUCCUCUCCUCCUUCCCCCAACUUUUGAUUGUCCUCCUUUUUUUCUUUUUUGUUUUUCUUUUUUUUUAAUUUUCUCCUAUCUUUAAAAAAAAAGACAAAAAAACAAAAAACAAAAAAAACCGCGCAAAAAAAAAGAAGAAAACAAAACAAAAAGCGAGCGAGCGAGAGGGCGAGCGCGAAUCACAGCAGACAGACAGACAGACAAAGCACCUGCACCGGACUGUCCCUUAGACGGCAGCAGGUGCGAUGCUGUAUUUUGACCUUUCCAGGCGAGUGCCCGUGCACCGGAGUGGAGUGAGUACCGCGCACAGGCAGGCAGGCAGCGGCAGGCACCGGCAGGGCAGCGACAGGCACCGGCAGGGCAGGCGCAGGGCGAAGCGGUUCGCACAAAACUCCCUUGCUCGGUGGCGAAAAAAUACGGCGCUGCCCGGCCGGGGAGGGGGCGGGGGGCGGGGGGGGGGGCGCAGCCACCUCGGGUCCCCUCCGCAGCCCCCUCCCGCCACACAAAGGCAAAUUGCAUUGUGGAAUGUCUCUCGGUGUUGGCACAUGCUGCUGUGUUUAUUUUCUGUGGAUCCCCUGUAGGAAUAUACGGGAAAAAAAAAAAAAAAAGAGAAAGGAAAAGCUAUCCCUUUUGAUGUAGACAGUAUUUAACCGUACCAAUUUGCACUGCAAGAAAAUCGAAGUUUACAUAAACAAAUUCUUUUUUUUUUCUUUUUUUUUUUCCCCUUCCUUUCCGACCUUAAUUUUGCAAAUGACUUGCAUUUUCCACGGUGAGCGUUAGUCAACCAGUGACCGGUCUACAAUAUGUUACUGUGUUUUAGCCUUUGCUUUAUGUGUAUAUGUGAACUUUUGUUAUAAACAAGUCUUCUUAAAUAUGUGUAACGCUUAUUUUCUCCUUUUACUGUAGCAAAAAGAAUGCGUAUAUCUGUAUGUAUGUAUACAUAUGCAUGCGUGCAUAGACGUACAUAUAUACACAUAUAUAACCUCUAUAUAUACACAUAUAUAUGCACCGCCAGCUUCCAUUCUCCAGAGACGUGACUCUCGUAAUUGCUUAAUAUACGCCUUCAACGGCAAGAGUCGAGUUUGGAGAAGGGAGAAUAAUGCAAAUCGACAAAGUAAACUUCAUUUUCAGGCAGUGUGUCCGGGGGCCGAGCCGCAGCCAGAGGGGGAGGGAAAAAAAUAUAUGCAGCCCUUCCAGAUUGUGUCAGUGCGGGCGAGCCAGGCCCGGUGUGGGAAAAGGCAGAGACGAAACAACACGUUUCCAGAGUUUUCCCGGAGAAAGUGGCACUUCCUUGAGAGGGAAAGGGGAUUAUUUAGCUUCACCCCCACCCCCAGCCCCCUUCCCUUCCCCUCCUCCCCCCCCCGAGGCUCCCCGUGCGUGCCUUUGGCAUCCCCGGUCCCACUGCCCGGGCAGCCCGUGCCGAUGUCAGCCUCCAAAACUUUCUUUCAUUGAGCAGUUUCGCAGCAAGGCAGAGCCAGGGAGAGCCCGAGGAGCUGCUG